AUGUGUUGCAGACGUGAUAAUAUAGUAGAAUGUCGAUUUUUUAUCGUUCAAGAAAAAGACCGUGCCACUUUGCUUCCAAUUAUUAAAAGAGAAAUUGAGCCAGAGACGACCAUUUUCUCAGAAGAAUGGAAAGCUUACAGCUGUUUAAACGAUCAUGGCUAUAUCCACAAUACCGUAAAUCAUAAAAAUAAUUGUAUUGAUCCACAAACAGGAGCUGAAACUCAAACUAUGGAAUGUUAUUGGCGACAUAUAAAGGUGAAAUAUGACUUCGUUGCAUUUAACGAAUACGUACUAUUAAUAUUAUACAUAAAAUGGAUGGUCUACGUGAUAAAUGAACAAAUUCUGGAAAGAAGAUCAUGUUUGAGUACAUUCAGAGACAUGUAUUUGGAAGUUAUAGAAUGUUUACACCAAGUAAAUAGAUCAAUAUUUGGUUUGCCGGCUAUUGUUGAUUUUAUUGCAGGAAAUGUCGCUGGUAUCAUUAUAAAAAUAUACGGUUUUAUUUUAUUCCGUAGAGACUUUAUCAAUGAUCCGUAUUUGGUAUUUUCUAUCAUAGACAUUUUAACAAAAACAGUCAAUAUUCUAAUAUUAUACACGAUCGGCGAUAUCACGGAAAAAGAGAUAAAUCGGAUGAGUGAUGUCUUACACCGACGAUCCGUAAUAGAAAGAAACCCUAGAAUUAAACGUCAG